GUGACACUAUUGUGAAUUUUCCUUUUUUAUUGUUAAUUUCAGACAUGACAGUGCCUUCAGUCAUGAUGAGAAGCUCUGUGGUGUUUUGCCUGGCUGUCAGCUUUGCCAUGUUUGGAUUUGGCUUCUCGCUGCAGUGUUACUCCUGCCCUGAUGGCUCCACCAAUUGCGAAGUCAAACAGGAGUGUGCCGAAGACAGCUGCCUCAAACUCACCAGUGGUGGAAAGAUCUACUCUGGAUGCAUGAGAUAUUCAGACUGUGACUUCAUGACUCUGGCUGUCAGAUAUGCCCUCGCUGACUUCGACUUUGAAUGCUGUCAGUCAAAACUCUGCAACGGCCAAGAAAAGGGUUUCUUUCAGAGAAUUAAGGAUUUCUUCUCUUCUAAGAAAUGAGAACAAGAAGAAAAAAAACAAAAGUCUCUGGUCUGGAUUUUAGUAUGUUGAUUCUUCAGUGUAUCUGUAGCAUGUGAUUGUUGUACCACUGCCGCACAUUGUUACACACUCAAUAAUAAAGUCUUGAUAAAAAUAUG